AUGUUAAAUAAAAAUGAUUAUAAUUUACUAAAUUACUGAUUAUCUCAGCUAAUGGACUCCUUAAAACCUUCAAAAAAAGAUUUCUAUGCUAAUUCCUUAAAACAAAUCCCCAAAAUCCCUCUUACAAAUUUGGACUCUAGAAGCCCUUCAGACUCUCCCGACUCCCAUUUUCUUACAAAAACAAGCACUCCUAUUGCUAAACCUUUGAAGAUUAGGAACUUGGUGCGAACACAAACAAUGAAAUAUAAUUCUCCAGUCUUUAAACAAUUUCCCCAGCAAACCGUUGCAAAAUUCAACAUAAAUGAGCUUGAAAGACGUGUGAAAAGGCAUCCAACCCAUGAGCCUGUCCCAAUUUAUUCACCUCUCUAUUCAUCUCCUACUUCUUCAAGAAAAACUACAGUGGCACCAGUCCGAGAUGAAGAGGUACACGAUAACGAAGAGACACCUAAAAAUAUAUACAAAACAAGUACUGUGAUUAGAAAAAAAGUAAAAACCCUCACAAUGAAGUUAAUCAAGCCAAGUAGCAUAAAAAGAGAAAUUAUUGAAAAUGAAGAAGCAUCAGAAAAAGCCACCGAAACCUCAGCUACAGAGAUCCCAUCCUCUACUCAUAGAAGGGUUUCAUCCGUAGACCAAAUUUAUUCGAACCAAAAAACUGCUAUAAAAUCAUGGUUUUCUCAUAAAAUUGAUAAAACACCAGACACAGUAAUAAAAAGUCCAAUUUUUCAAACAGUAGGUUCAAGAAAUGACUUCGUCAUAAAAAUCCGCGGACCAAAAAAUGAUUUUGAUAAAAAAUCUAAAGAGCAUCUUGUUAAAACAAGAAAAAAGAAAAGAACCCAUGUGGAAUAUACAUGGAAAGGCGCUCAUGGAUUUUUAAAUUAA